AUGGAUUGCUUAUUAGGUGAUUGCUGAGCUGACCAAUGGAGGAGUGGACAGAAGCAUUGAAUGUACUGGAAAUGUUGAAGCCAUGAUAUCUGCGUUUGAAUGUGUCCAUGAUGGUUGGGGUGUUGCUGUUCUUGUGGGAGUACCACACAAAGAGGCUGUCUUCAAGACGCAUCCCGUGAACUUUCUGAACGAGAGGACUCUCAAGGGUACCUUCUUCGGAAAUUACAAGCCUCGAUCCGACAUUCCCUCUGUUGUGGAGAAGUACAUGAAUAAUGAACUUGAGCUGGAAAAGUUCAUCACCCACAAAGUCCCAUUCUCAGAAAUCAACAAGGCAUUUGAUUACAUGCUUAAAGGGGAAGGUCUUCGAUGCAUAAUCCACAUGGAGGAAUGAAAGCUUCAUCCUUGAUGUUUGUGUCCGCACAUUCUAAUUUUCAUUUUUUUUUACUCGUCUUUUCUUUUUUGAAAAUUUUCAAAUUUGGUCUGCAUAUGUAAUGUAAGAGAGUGUGCGAAUCUGUUUUUUUUUUUUCUUUUCAUACUGUUUAUGUCCGAGCUUCUGUUGGACAGUUGCUGUGUAUA